UUCUGAAACCCUUUUCUUUCAUUUUCUUUCCCCUUGAAACCUUUUGAAGGCACAACUCACUCAAGCUUCAAAGUUCAGAGCUUCAACAAUUUUCUUCAAAAUCUUGUUUAGGACUGCCAGUUCAUCAGUUAACUAGAAUGUCUUCCAACUCCAAAUUUUCAAAUGCAAGUAUUGGUUCAUGUCCAAGUGGUAACAUUGCCAAAGAUAAUGCAUCUAUUGACAAUCAAUUGAAUCAAGAUGAUAGCAAACCUUUGUGGAAAUAUGUAACUAAGUUGCCAAAAACAAUUGGAGGAGGAGGGAACAUAAGUUUUAAGUGCAAUUAUUGUAAUAUCACUUUCAAAGGUUCAUAUUCUAGGGUCAAAGCCCAUUUGUUGAAGCUUAGUGGCCAUGGCAUUAGGGUAUGUGCAAAGGUGACACAACAUCAUCUUAAUGAAAUGCAAAACAUAGUAGAAGAAGCUGAAUUCAAAUCAAGACAAAAAACAAUUCCAUUACUACCUUCCUCUCAAGCACAAGUUUCUUUGGGCACAACUUCUUAUGAAGGAAAGAGUUUAGGGUCUAAAAAAAGAAAGGGGGCUUUGGAAAAAGCAUUCAAUCUUACUGAUCGAGAGAAUUUGGAUUCUGAAAUUGCACGCAUGUUUUAUUCCGGAGGAUUGCCUUUUCACCUUGCAAGAAAUCCUUAUUUUGUGAGUGCAAUCACAUAUGCCGCAAAUAAUAUGAUUUCUGGAUAUAUACCUCCGGGAUAUAAUGCUUUGCGAACAACAUUAUUGCAAAAAGAAAAAACACAUAUAGAGAGUUUGUUACAACCUAUAAAUGGGACAUGGAAGGAAAAAGGUGUUAGUCUUGUAUGUGAUGGAUGGACUGAUGCGCAAAGAAGACCACUAAUAAAUUUUAUGGCUGCUUCCGAAGGUGGGGCUAUUUUUUUUUAAAAGGUGUUAAUUUUGAAAUGGAGUACAAAGAUAAGUAUUAUGUGGCGACAUUGAUUAAAGAUGCUAUUGGUGAAAUUGGGGCUCACAAUGUUGUUCAAGUAAUAACUGACAAUGCACCGGUUUGUAAAGCGGCGGGAUCAUUGGUGGAGAUGCAAUUUUCUCAUAUUUUUUGGACACCUUGUGUAGCGCAUACACUAAACCUUGCUCUCAAAAAUAUUUGUGCCGCUAAGAAUACCGAAGAAAAUGAGGUCACUUAUGAUGCUUUGUGUUGGAUAACCGAAAUUGGUGAUGAUGCUAUCUUCAUAAGAAAUUUCAUAAUGAAUCAUUCAAUGAGGUUGGCAAUAUUUAAUGCUUUUGUGUCUUUGAAAUUGCUUGCUAUUGCCGAAACUCAUUUUGCAUCGGUUAUUAUCAUGUUAAAGAGAUUGAAAAUUAUUAAACGAGGUCUUCAAACAAUGGUGAUUAGUGAAGAAUGGUGCUCUUAUAAAGAAGAUGAUGUUUCCAAAGCUACAAAAGUGAAGGAAAUAAUUUUGAAUGAUUCAUGGUGGGACAAAGUGGAUUAUAUCCUCUCUUUUACCACACCUAUCUAUGAUAUGCUUCGAGUUAUGGACACCGAUAAACCUACACUUCAUUUGGUGUAUGAAAUGUGGAAUACAAUGAUUGAAAAGGUGAAGACAACCAUCUACAUGCAUGAACAUAGACAACUCGAGGAAAGAUCGACAUUUUAUGAGGUUAUAUAUGCUAUUCUCAUUGAUCGAUGGACCAAGAGUAGCACACCACUUCAUUGCAUGGCCCAUUCUUUGAAUCCAAGGUAUUAUUCCAAUGAGUGGCUUAAUGAGGUUCCAAAUCGUCUCGCUCCACAUAGAGAUGCCGAAAUAUCGGAGGAAAGAAAUAAAUGCUUAAGAAGAUAUUUUCCUUCUAAUGAGGAGAGGAAGAUGGUUUUUCAAGAGUUUGCUAGUUUUUCUGGAGCUUUGGAUGCUUUUGGAACUUUUGAUUCAUUACAAGAUAGAUGGAAUUUAGAGCCUAAAUCUUGGUGGUUGGUUCAUGGGUCAUCUACACCUCUACUUCAAGGCCUAGCUUUGAAGCUUCUUGGACAACCUUCCUCAUCUUCAUGUUGUGAAAGAAAUUGGAGCACUUACUCUUUUAUUCACUCACUUAAAAGAAACAAGAUGAAUCCUCAACGGGCCGAAGAUUUAGUAUUUGUACACACUAAUCUUCAACUACUUUCAAGAAGCUCUCCUCAAUACAAUGAAGGGUUAUCCAAGAAUUGGGACAUUGGUGGUGAUUUAUUUGACUCAUUUGAAGGUGUUGGUGUUCUUGAAGUUGCUAACUUAUCACUUGAUGAACCGGAGAUAGAGAAAAUCCUUUUUAGUAAUGAAGAAGAUAUCGAAAAAUAAUCUUAUUGGUUAUUAUAAGUUUAA